GCACUUUUUUUUGGAAGUCCUAGGACUAAUCCCGAGGAUCAGGACUCUUCUCCCAGCCCCUAGGGCCCUGCCCCGCCAAAGGCCUUCCCUGCCAUGAGACCUGUCAGUGUCUGGCAGUGGAGCCCAUGGGGGCUGCUGUUGUGCCAGCUGUGCAGCUGGUGCUUGGGGUCUCCAUCUCCCUCCACGGCCCCUGACAAGAAGACAGGAAGCCAAGGGCUACGGUUCCGGCUGGCUGGCUUCCCUAGGAAGCCCUACGAGGGCCGAGUGGAAAUACAGCGAGCUGGUGAAUGGGGCACCAUCUGUGAUGACGACUUCACGCUGCAGGCUGCCCACGUCCUCUGUCGGGAGCUGGGCUUCACAGAGGCCACAGGUUGGACCCACAGUGCCAAAUAUGGUCCCGGAACAGGCCGCAUCUGGUUGGACAACCUGAGCUGCCAUGGGACUGAGCAGAGCGUGACUGAAUGUGCAUCCCGGGGCUGGGGCAAUAGCGACUGUACUCAUGAUGAGGACGCUGGAGUCAUCUGCAAGGACCAGCGCCUGCCAGGUUUCUCGGACUCCAAUGUCAUCGAGGUGGAGCAUCAUCUGCAAGUAGAAGAGGUGCGACUUAGACCGGCCGUUGGGUGGGGCAGGCGACCCUUACCUGUGACUGAGGGUUUAGUUGAAGUCAGGCUUGCAGAUGGCUGGUCCAAAGUGUGUGACAAAGGCUGGAGCGCCCACAACAGCCACGUCGUCUGCGGAAUGCUGGGCUUCCCUAGUGAAAAGAGGGUCAACACGGCCUUCUACAGAAAGUUGAGGAAGCGAGCGGCCAAAGCCUCAGCCCGGCACCCCAAGUCCCUUGGAAGACCCAUCACCAAGCUUAAAGUCAAACCCAAAUCCCAAGUGGGCAGGGGGCCAAUCAAGAGGUUGCUGGCCCAGAGGCAGCAACACUCCUUUGGUCUGCAUGGAGUGGCAUGUGUGGGCACAGAGGCCCACCUCUCCCUCUGUUCCCUGGAGUUCUAUCGUGCCAAUGACACUGCCAGGUGUCCUGGGGGAGGCCCUGUGGUGGUGAGCUGUGUGGCUGGCCCUCUCUACUCGGUGUCCAGCAGCCAGAAGAAGCAACAACAGCCCAAGCUUCAUGGGGAGGUCCGGGUACGUCUGAAGGGCGGCGCCCAUCCUGGAGAGGGCCGGGUGGAGGUCCUGAAGGCCGGCACGUGGGGCACAGUCUGUGACCGCAAGUGGGACUUGCAGGCAGCGAGUGUGGUGUGUCGAGAGCUGGGCUUCGGCAGUGCUCGAGAGGCUUUGACUGGCGCCCGAAUGGGGCAGGGCAUGGGGGCCAUCCACCUGAGUGAAGUUCGAUGUUCUGGCCAGGAGUCUUCCCUCUGGAAGUGCUCCUCCAAGAACAUCACCGCUGAAGACUGCUCUCACAGCCAGGAUGCUGGGGUCCGAUGCAACCUGCCCUACACUGGGGUGGAGACCAAGAUCCGACUCAGUGGGGGCCGCAGCCGACAUGAGGGGCGAGUUGAGGUGCAAAUAGGGGGACCGGGGCACCUCCGCUGGGGUCUCAUCUGCGGGGAUGACUGGGGAACACUGGAGGCGAUGGUGGCCUGUAGGCAGCUUGGCCUGGGCUACGCCAGCCACGGCCUACAGGAGACUUGGUACUGGGACUCAGGGAACAUAACUGAGGUGGUGAUGAGUGGAGUGCGCUGCACAGGGAUGGAGCUAUCCCUGGACCAAUGUGCCCAUCAUGGUGCUCACGUCACCUGCAAGAGGACAGGGACCCGCUUCACCGCUGGAGUCAUCUGUUCUGAGACGGCCUCUGAUCUGCUGCUGCACUCGGCACUGGUGCAAGAGACUGCCUAUAUCGAGGACCGGCCCCUGCACAUGCUGUACUGUGCUGCAGAAGAGAACUGCCUGGCCAGCUCGGCCCGCUUGGCCAACUGGCCUUACGGCCACCGACGUCUGCUCCGAUUCUCUUCCCAGAUCCACAAUCUGGGACGAGCUGACUUCAGGCCCAAGGCUGGGCGCCACUCCUGGGUGUGGCAUGAGUGCCAUGGGCACUAUCACAGCAUGGACAUCUUCACUCACUAUGAUAUCCUGACCCCCAAUGGCACCAAGGUGGCGGAGGGACACAAAGCAAGUUUCUGUCUAGAAGACACUGAAUGUCAGGAGGAUGUCUCCAAGAGGUACGAGUGUGCCAACUUUGGAGAACAAGGUAUCACUGUGGGUUGCUGGGAUCUCUACAGGCACGACAUCGACUGUCAGUGGAUUGACAUCACAGAUGUGAAGCCAGGAAACUACAUUCUCCAGGUGAUCAUCAACCCGAAUUUUGAAGUAGCAGAAAGUGACUUCACCAACAAUGCCAUGAAAUGUAACUGCAAAUACGAUGGACACCGCAUCUGGGUGCACAACUGCCACAUUGGUGAUGCCUUCAGUGAAGAAGCCAACAGGAGGUUCGAGCGCUAUCCAGGACAGACAAGCAACCAGGUUGUCUAAAUGUCACCACUCUCCUCUUCAAACCACCACUGGCCCCAAUGGCAGGGGUCUGAGGCUGCCAUUACCUCAGGAGCUCACCAUGGAAGCCUUGAAGGUAGCCGGCCCACCAUACUCAUCCACCCAUGGACUGUGGAUGUGGAAAUGACAAGCAGAAGCCAUGGCCCUUUUUCCUAGACUGGCUCUCAGUACUUGUGCCAGCAUGGAGAAUCUCUGUUCCAGGGCCAGCACGGAGCAGGGCACAGCACACAACUGGCUAAAGCAGCAGCUGACUAAAUUCCCAGACACCAGAUGGCAGCUGCUCACUUUCUUGACUGUGAGGUCAGGAUGGUCAGCUCCUAUUACAUCCUUUCAGGUCAGGGGAGAUACAGCUUUAUCUCUUGUGUUUUGGUGGGGGAAAAGAUCCAGCCCCCUUCCCCCAUGUUUGACUAUAAGAUGUUGCUAGGUGUAAUUUUAUUUUAUAUAAAAAGUGUUUUUG